GGCGCUGAGUCAGCAACGCGAGGGGGAAGUUUUGUCCCUCCGCGGACCCCGUUUCUCUAGGCCUUAACCUCCUCGCAGCCAACGAGCUGGUUUCCUUUUUCCGGCGCUCCGGGUGCGAGAGCCGGGUCGGGCCACCUAGCAAGCGGGCCGUAGUGCAACCGCAACGCUCACCUGAAGACACCACCCCAAAAACUAACGUUAUCUCACUCGGCAGUGUGGGCGCCAUGAACAGCGCGGGACUGAAUUCGGAAAAGGUAGCUGCUCUGAUCCAGAAACUGAAUUCUGACCCUCAGUUUGUACUCGCCCAGAAUGUCGGGACCACCCACGACCUCCUGGACAUCUGCCUGAAGAGGGCCUCGGUACAGGGUGCACAGCAUGUGUUCCAGCAUGUUGUUUCUCAGGAAGGCAAGCCAGUCACCAACCAGAAGAGUUCUGGGCGAUGCUGGAUCUUUUCUUGUAUGAAUGUUAUGAGACUUCCAUUCAUGAAAAAAUUAAAUAUUGAAGAAUUUGAGUUUAGUCAGUCUUACAUCUUUUUCUGGGACAAGGUUGAACGCUGUUAUUUCUUCUUGAAUGCUUUUGUGGACACGGCCCAGAAAAAGGAGCCUGAGGAUGGGAGGCUGGUGCAGUAUUUGCUUAUGAACCCUACAAAUGAUGGUGGGCAGUGGGAUAUGCUUGUCAAUAUUGUUGAAAAAUACGGUGUUGUCCCUAAGAAAUGCUUCCCUGAAUCUCAUACAACAGAGGCAAGCAGAAGGAUGAAUGAUAUUCUGAAUCACAAGAUGAGAGAAUUCUGUAUACGACUACGGAACCUGGUACACAGUGGAGCAACCAAAGGAGAAAUCUCUGCUACACAAGAUGCCAUGAUGGAGGAGAUAUUCCGGGUGGUGUGCAUCUGUUUGGGUAAUCCACCAGAGACAUUCACCUGGGAGUAUCGAGACAAAGAUAAAAAUUAUCACAAGAUUGGCCCCGUAACACCUUUGGAGUUUUACAGGGAACAUGUCAAGCCACUCUUCAAUAUGGAAGAUAAGAUUUGUUUCGUGAAUGAUCCACGGCCUCAACACAAGUAUAAUAAACUCUAUACUGUAGACUACUUGAGCAAUAUGGUUGGAGGGAGGAGAACUCUGUAUAACAACCAGCCCAUUGACCUCUUGAAAAAGAUGGUUGCUGCUUCCAUCAAGGAUGGAGAGGCUGUGUGGUUUGGCUGUGAUGUUGGAAAACACUUCAGUGGCAAGCUGGGCCUCAGUGACAUGAAUAUCUAUGACCAUGAGUUGGUGUUUGGUGUCUCCUUGAAGAACAUGAAUAAAGCUGAGAGGUUGUCUUUUGGUGAGUCACUUAUGACCCACGCCAUGACCUUCACUGCUUUCUCAGAGAAGGAUGAUCAGGAUGGCACAUUUCUGAAAUGGAGAGUAGAGAAUUCAUGGGGUGAAGACCACGGACACAAAGACAGAUCCUACCCUUUGGUUUACAAAAUACAGAAACAUUGCCAGCUUCUUGGAGGUUACUUGUGCAUGACUGAUGAGUGGUUCUCUGAGUAUGUCUACGAAGUGGUGGUGGACAAGAAACACGUCCCAGAAGAUGUGCUGGCUGUGUUAGAGCAGGAGCCCAUUGUCCUCCCGGCAUGGGACCCCAUGGGGGCUUUGGCUGAGUGACACUGCCUCCAGCUCUUUCCUCCUCCCAUGGAACCUGAUGUAGCUGCAAAGGACAGACGGGGACUGAAGCCAAACUUGCACAGGUGACCGUGUGUUCCCACAGGACACAGUCAGACUUGGAUUUCCAGUCUCCGCCAGGAACCUCUUUGGGGAAGUGUGCUUUAUGCUGAAACAAAAUAUUCAUAAAGAAGAAAACAAGGAAAAAUCAGGUCAUGUUAUCUACUCUCCUCAUCUCCAACAGCUCAGGAUCUCUUAGCAUUUUAAUCAGAUGUAAUUGUCUUAACCCCAUCAAAAAGGUCUUCAGUGUGUGUUGUAAUAAGACAGGAGAGGAUGAGCAUCCCAGGUGUCUGCAGAGGAAAGAGCCCCAAGCUCCUGGUUCCUAGAGUACAGUGGGGUAGGGGUGUCUACAACUUGCGCUCUCAAGGCUGCAUGUGGUCUCACAGACUGCGCCCUUCUUAAAUGGCAGUCACGGAAUUCAAUGUUUUCAAGGCAGUUUCUCAUGCCUCUUACAGCCCAAGCACAGUAGAAGGUUGAUCAGAUCUGACAUGAUUCCUUCCUGUUCUGAAAUGUGGGGGUGCAGCUCUGCGUGAGUUGGGUUAAAUAGAGGUUUAGAGAAAAUGGGAGAAAAAACAACCAAAACCUUAUGAUGAUCUCAGUGAUAUUCAUUAGGAGGAGCUCAGGCCAAAUGGCUUAACUUUUGCCUCUGCACUGGGGUUUGGGGGGCAGGAAAGGGUGAUACUUGUUCUUUCUGACAACUAGAUGGUGCUGAGAAGCUUUUGAAUAAAACAAUUUGCUAAAUGAGAAUAAGUUGAC